AUCACGAGAAUCACGGGCGCAGUUCUCGCGAGAUGUGCGUGUCUGAAACGGUGCCUUUAAGGUUCAGUGUGCGAGUAAGGUCAUCAUGUCUGCCCUUCCUCCAUCAUCAUCAUCAUCAUCAUCACCAGCAGUCCUCGCUCUGCACUCAGCAACACACAAGGACACAAUCCUGCACAAGUUUGACACGCUCAGGAGAAGUGAACUGCUCUGCGACAUUACCCUGAUCGUGGAAGAUGUGCACUUCAAGGCGCACAAGGCUCUCCUAGCAGCGAGCAGUGAAUAUUUCUCAGCAUUGUUCACCGCUGAAGAACAGGUCAGCCAGUCGCUCUACAAGCUGGACGGCAUGACGGCGAACACCUUCUCCUCCGUGCUGGAGUUCAUGUACAGCGCAGUCGUGUUGGUGGACGAGAGCAGCUCUGAGCAGCUGAUGGAAAUGGCCAGAUUUCUGGUCAUCCCAGAUCUGAUCAAAGCCCAUGAGGACCUGCAAGCUGUUGAUGAACACAUGCAGGUGAAGCGGAAAAGAGGGCGUCCUAAAAAGAACCAGGAUUUAAGCCAAAAAGAAAAUCCAGAAAGUGAAUUACAGGCACAAUCCAGCUCGGAGAUUCAGGAAGUCAAUGAGGAGCCUGCAUCUCCUGCAACAGAUGGGAGUGAUGGAGAGUUUAACCCCAGAGAGGAGAGAAGACGAGAGGGAAAACGCAAAAUCAAACAGCCAAUCAGACUGAAGGGCUUCAGAAUGGAUGAUCUAAUGGAGGGGAAGGAGCCGGGGAAAAGAGGACGCAGGAGGAAAUAUCCAGACACAGAGGCCAGAUGUGAGGAGUGUGGAAAAGUCUUUAAAAGCCACCUGUUCUUGAAGAUACAUCAGCGAACACAUACAGGUGAGAAGCCGUUCAGAUGCAGUGUGUGUGGGAAGGAGUUCACGCAGAAACACACUCUUCUGGUUCAUCAGCGGAUGCACACUGGAGAAAAGCCCUACAUCUGCACCGUAUGCUCUAAAGCCCUGUCCACCAAACACUCUCUGCUGGAGCACAUGAACCUGCACACAGAGAAUAAAUUGUUCACCUGUGAGGAGUGUGGGAAGAGCUUCAGUCAGCAGCGGCAGCUAAAGAGCCAUAACCGCGUCCACACUGGAAAAGGCUUGCCUGAAUGUGCUGAGUGUCAUCAUAAAUUUAUGGAUGCGGCUCAACUGAAGAAGCACCUGAGAACUCAUACUGGUGAGAAGCCGUUUACAUGCGAGAUCUGCGGAAAGUGUUUCACCGCCAAGAGCACAUUACAGACACACAUCAGGAUACACAGAGGAGAGAAGCCAUACGUCUGCAAAGUCUGCGAUAAGACCUUCUCUGACCCCAGUGCCCGACGGCGUCACGAGGUGUCUCACACAGGCAAAAAAACAUUCUCCUGUUCGAUCUGCAAGGUUUCAUUCGCCCGGAAGGACAACCUCAAAGCUCACAUCAAAACUCACAACAAAGAGAAUCCACCGGCACAAGCAGAAAGCACAGAUAAACCCCCACACUCAGCACCAGAACAACAACAACAACAACAAGAACAAGAACAACAGCAGCAGCAAACAUCAGGAGAUAAAGAACUGCACAGCAUCCUCCAGCUCCAACCCUUUCAGCUUCCAGCCCAUGGCGAGCAGGAGAUCCAGCUGCUGGUGACCGGAGAAAACCUCAGCCUGGACCAGGAGCAGAGCAUCAGCAUCAUCACAUCUGAAGACACAGAGCAGAGCCUCGCACUUCUCACACAGCCGUCCGGACACGUUCAAAACCUGGCCGUGGUCACUCCAGAUGGAAACGCCCAAAUCCAGACCAUCAGCGUUUUGGGUGGUGAAGUGAACGGCGGAGAUCCAGAGCAGAUGCAUGUGAUCACGCUGAGCAAAGAGGCUAUGGAGCAGCUGCAGGUUCAUCACGGAGCUCCGCAGCAGCUGCAGGUCAUUCAUCAGCUUUCUGAAGAGCAGACGGGGCCCGUGGCGGGCAUUCAUAUCAGUGGACAGAGCGGACAGGCCAUUUCUAUUAGCCAGACCACUGAGCAGAUCCCUAGUGAUCAGAUCCAGGGACAGACCUUCCAGAUACAAGCUGGAACAGUCUCGUAUCUGUACACCACCAGCAUGAACCCGCAGAACUGAACAUGCAUGUGUGUUCGCCUCUAAUGUUUGAGUUUCUUUCUUCUGUUGAACACAAUAGGAAGAUAUUUUGAAGAAUGUUGGAUGCUGGCAUCCAUUGACUUCCAUACUGUUUUUUUCCUUCUAUGGAAGCUAAUGGGACACUAGGAUGAACCCGCAGAACUGAACAUGCAUGUGAGUUCGCCUAUAAUGUUUGAGUUUCUUUCUUCUGUUAAACACAAAAAGAAGAUAUUUUGAAGAAUGUUGGUUGUUGGCACCCAUUGACUUCAAUUAGCUUGCAAAGAAGAAAAAAAAUAUUAUGGGACACCAACAUGAACCUGCAGAACUGAACAUGCAUGCGUGUUCUCCUAAAAUGUUUGAGUUUCUUUCUUCUAUUGAACACAAAAAGAAGAUAUUUUGAAAAAUGUUGGAUGCUGGCAUCCAUUGACUUCCAUAGUAUUUUUUUUCUUCUAUGGAAGCUAAUGGAACGCUAGGAUGAACCCGCAGAACUGAACAUGCAUGCGAGUUCGCCUUUAGUGUUUGAGUUUCUUCUGUUGAACAUAAUAAGAAGAUAUUUCGAAAAAUGUUGGUUGUUGGCACCCGUUGACUUCCAUACAAUUUUUUUCCUUCUAUAGAAGCUAAUGGAACGCUCGGAUGAACCCGCAUAACUGAACAUGCAUGUGAGUUCGCCUAUAAUGUUUGAGUUUCUUCUGUUGAACACAGAAAGAAGAUAUUUCGAAGAAUGUUGGUUGUUGGCACCCAUUGACUUCCAUAGUAUAUUUUUCUUUUUUGCAAGCUAAUGGGACACCAACAUGAACCCGCAGAACUGAACAUGCAUGUGAGUUCGCCUAUAGUGUUUGAGUUUCUUUCUUCUGUUGAACAGAAUAAUAAGAUAUUUCGAAGAAUGUUGGUUGUUGCCACCCAUUGACUUCCAUAGUGUUUUUUAGGACACCAGGAUGAACCUGCAGGACUGAACAUGCAUGUGUGUUUGCCUAAAAUGUUUGAGUUUCUUUCUUCUGUUGAACACAGAAAGAAGAUGUUUUGAAGAAUGUUGGUUGUUGGCACCCAUUGACUUCAAUUAGCUUGCAAAGAAGAAAAAAAAUAUUAUGGGACACCAACAUGAACCUGCAGAACUGAACAUGCAUGUGUGUUGGCCUAUAAUGUUUGAGUUUCUUCUGUUGAACACAAAAAGAAGAUAUUUUGAAAAAUGUUGGAUGCUGGCAUCCGUUGACUUCCAUAGUAUUUUUUUCUUCUAUGGAAGCUAAUGGAACACUAGGAUGAACCCGCAGAACUGAACAUGCAUGUGUGUUGGCCUAUAAUGUUUGAGUUUCUUCUGUUGAACACAGAAAGAAGAUGUUUUGAAGAAUGUUGGUUGCUGGCACCCAUUGACUUCUAUAGUAUAUUUUUUUCUUUUUUGCAAGCUAAUGGGACACCAACAUGAACCCGCAGAAAUGAACAUGCAUGUGAGUUCGCCUAUAAUGUUUGAGUUUCUUUCUUCUGUUGAACACAAAAAGAAGAUACUUUGAAGAAUGUUGGUUGUUGGCACCCAUUGACUUCCAUAGUAUUUUUUUUCUUCUAUGGAAGCUAAUGGAACACUCGGAUUAUCCCGCAGAACUGAAUAUGCAUGUGAGUUCACCUAUAAUGUUUGAGUUUCUCUCUUCUUUUGAACACAGAAAGAUGAUGUUUUGAAGAAUGUUGGUUGCUGGCACCCAUUGACUUCCAUAGUAUAUUUUUUUCUUUUUUGAAAGCUAAUGGGACACCAGCAUGAACCCACAGAACAGAACAUGCAUGUGAGUUCGCCUAUAGUGUUUGAGUUUCUUUCUUCUUUUGAACACAAUAAGAAGAUAUUUUGAAGAAUGUUGCUUUCUGGCACCCAAUGACUUCCAUAUUAUAUUUUUCCUUUUACGGAAGCUACUAGGACACUAGCAUGAACACAAAAAACAGAACAUGCAUGUGAGUUCGCCUAAAAUGUUUGAGUUUCUUCUGUUUACAACGAUAAGAAAAUCUUUUAAAGAAUGUUGGUUGUUGGCACCCAUUGACUUCCAUUGUAUUGUUUUCUGCUAUGGAAGCUAAUAGGACAUCAGCAUGAACUGGCAGAACUGAACAUGCAUGUGUGUUUGCUUAUAAUGUUUGAGUUGAGUAGAGAUGUUUUGUAGAAUGUUGGUUGCUGGCACCCAUUGACACCUGUAAUACUAAUGUUUGGAGUAUUUAUUUCAUGUGUUUGUAAAUAAUAGACUUAAAAUUAUUUAAAGGGACAGUUCACUCAAAACUCAAAGUUCUGUUUUUAAUUGACUCAUCCGUCAAAAUCAAAAACACAAAAGAAGAUAUUUUGAAGAAUGUUGGAUGCUGGCACCCAUUAUAUAGUAGAUGUUGUCCUGUGGAGGUUGAUGGGACGAAAGGCAUUCUUCAAAAUAUCUUCUUUUGUGUUCAACAGAAAAAAAGAAACUCAAAGCUAUAAAAUCACAUGAGAGAGUAAAAGAUGAGGUGAUUUUCAUUAUUGGGUGAAUUAUUAUUAUCUCUUUAAUUUAUGUUUUAAAUAUAUGUCUGUGGUUCUUGCUGAUGAUGGUUCUCUGUUGUAAAUAGUCAUAUUUUUUGAAUACAGUGGAGCUGGUUAAUUGAGGAAAAGUUCAACUUUUUUUAAUUUUUUAUUCAUGACUUUAAUAAAUGGGUCUUUAAAAUGUCCUCUGUUUUUCUGAUUAAACUAAAGACAAUAAACAGUUAAAAACAUGCAA